GAUACGGACUUAGAAAAAACAGAAAUGUUGUUCUUUGUGGAAGUCAUUGAUGAAAUUCUAUGUAUUUUAGCCCGCAAACUUUCUUCAAACAAAAACAGCGCCAUCUAGUAUCGAGUUCUGUAAUUAUCUCUUUGUUUAUGGAUUUGAAGUAAGACCGCCACGCAUGCAAUACACUAUGACUGGGGAUUCCCCUAUUCGUCGACGCUGAAUAUGAGGCGACGACAAUCACUGUCAAACGUGUUCACUAUUACUCUGACUCUGGUAACGUGACUUCCUGGUAACGUGUUAGGUAGGAAAAGCAGUAAAAAAGUGCAUAUUAAGGGAGCAGAUUUGAAAUAAUAUUUAUACUUAACAAGAAAUAAUUAAAGGUUCAAUGGGGAGACCUAAAGAUUUACGCAUAUGGGAGCACUACCGUACUUUACCAAACAAGUCUGUUUCUUGCAAGCUUUGUAAUAAGGUCUACAAAUUCAGUAAUGCUGCCAAAAUGCUUCAACAUCUUAUCACUUGUCCAAAAUCUCCAGAAACAUUAAAAGACUCUAUGAAACUUAUAAAAGAUAGCUCGUCCAAAACCAAAAUGUCUGGACUGUCAGAGAUAGAGACAAAUGAUUCUUUUAUAAGCCCCUCGUCGUCUGCUAACACUACAAUAAAUGCUGAGUUUCAAGACACCGAUGAUCAUAUAAAAACAGAAUUAGCGAGAGCUAUAUUUGUAACAGGGACGCCAUUAUCGAUGGUGCAACAUCCUUUAUGGAUACAAUUUUUCGAAAAAUUGCAACCAAAAUUUAAAAUACCUUCACGUAAAGCUUUAGCGACAAAAUACUUAGAUAAAAUAUAUAGAGAAAUGCGUUUUGAGUUAAAUGAGGAACUAAAUGCUUGUAGUUACUUACACCUUCAGUGCGAUGGCUGGUCUAAUUUAAGAAAUGAAGGAAUAAUAAACUUUCUUAUAUCAAAACCUCAACCUGCAUACGUUAAAAGUUUGAAUACAGAAAGUAAUCCUCACACUAGUGAAUACCUUAGCCAAGAAGUUGAAAAAGUAAUGAAAGUGUAUGGAGCAAAUAAGUUUCUUGUACUUAUUGGCGAUAACGCUAGAAAUAUACAAAAGGCAUUCGAAUUAACAAAACUCAAAUAUCCACAUGUUGUUCCUCUCGGUUGCUGUGCACAUAUCCUUAACUUGUUGUGCCAAGAUAUUGUAAAGAUACAAGAAGUAACUGUGUUUAUUAUGCAAGCCAUAAAUAUAAUAAAAACUGUUAAAAGGAGUCAACGAUUAAGUUCCUUGUUGAUAAAAUCAAGGCAGGGUGAAGAUUCUACACAAACACUAAAAUUGCCUUGUGCUACAAGAUGGGGAAGUCAUGUUACUUCGUUAAAAAGUUUGAAAGCAAAUAAGAUAGCUUUGCAAAUAUUAACAGUUAGAGAAGAUGUGGUAAUUUCAAGAGAUAUUAAAGAUUUAAUUCUAAGUGAUGAUUUCUGGACGAAGACAGGGGAAUGUAUAAGUAUUUUGGAACCAGUCACUGAAAGCAUAUUUUACUUAGAGAGCGACCAGAAUCGUUUGCAUCGCACAUACAUUACAUUUAGAGAUGUACAAGCUAAGAUACGUUUUGCAUUAAAUGAGAUUUCGACAUUGAGCGAAGAAAGCAAACAGCAGAUUCUAACAUCAGUAUCUUCAAGAUGCAAUAUGGCAAUGAGGCCAAUACAUUUUGCAGCAUAUAUUCUAGACCCCAGGACUCUAGGAGUCGAACUUACUCAAGAGGAAGAACUUAAGGGUAUGGAGUUUAUCUACAAUUUAAGCCAACACUUAAGUUUGUCAAAUGUAAUGGCAGAUUUGGCGUGUUAUAAAGCUAAAGAAAACUUUUGGGCCAGAGGAUUUGUAUGGAGCUCAUUAGAUAGCAUUGAGCCCCUAAUAUGGUGGAAAGGUAUUUGUGGUUCCACUGAGUUAAGCAAAGUAGCGAUUCGUAUUCUAUCAGCUCCCUGUACUUCGGCAGCCACUGAGCGUUCCUUUAGUAUCCAAGGCUACAUACAUAAUAACAAAAGAAAUCGACUUACAACUGAAAGAACUGAAAAAAUUUCAUUCAUUUGUUAUAACUGGAAUCUUAAACAUAAAGCUGAAUGCGAGGACAUUCAGUUUAAUGAAGAAAAUACCUUAGAAGCUUUCAUUGAGCAAGUAAAUGAACAUAACAGUUUAGACGAAAUAGAGCCUAUCGAACCUAUACAAUUCAUCGCUUGUAAUAACUCUGAAUCUGACAGUGAUUGACUGUAGUUUUACAUUUUACUUUCAUCUCUUUCUUAAUAAACUCAAAAUCAAAUUAAAAGUUUUUUAUUCUGUAGGCUGCAUAAUAAUAUUGUCUAUGUCCAGUAUAGUGGACGUCUUGCGGCUGAGAUGACGAUGAUGAAGUACAAAAUCAUAAACACCCAAAAAUUUGGGUGUUUAUGGGGUUUAAACCCAAUAAACCCAAAACACCCGGUUUUUACCCACCAGACUUUAAACCCACCCAGGUGGAUUGCCCAUCUCUAUUCCCGACAGAAACACGAGUACGGACAGAGGUACCCAAGCAGUCAACAUUUUUAGUCUCGUUGUGGUGCUUAUUACUAUUCCGUACCAAAUGUUCUAAAUAAAAAUAACCAAUUUGACCGACCUUUCUAUUGCAAAAGAAAUAAUUUAGAAACUAUUUUUAUUUUCUUUAUAAUUGUAAAAUGGACCUAUCCUUCUCAAUGAUAUAUCAUUAUUAAAGGGUUUUAUGUGCACAUUCACAAAGUCAUUUUUAUCUCUUUUUAUCUCAUACUCGUAUAUUGGGUUACGAC